AUAUCUGCUCCUAGUCAUUUCUUUUGUCGACCGGUCUCACCCCACCACACACCACCGUACAAUUCAACCCUCCUACUUCCAUUGUUGAUCCUUCAUUCAAAGCUUCAAACCUCUUUAUUUUCCGGAUUCUCGAUUGGACCACCAACCAAUCUUCUAUAGAUUCUUCAUGGAGCAGCCGGAGAACGACUCUUUAGCUUUGGAAACUGCUCAACAGAUCAUCCUCCGCUGGGAUGCUACGUCUUCUGAAGACGCCAGGCUUAGAAUGAUCUUCGAAGGCGACCGUCAAGAGAUCGAUCGAUACUUGCAGGCAGUCGAUCAAAUCCAACGUUCCAUGGAGUCAACUACUCUCACGGAGGACGCCGGAGCUCAGAACCAAUCGGAGAAAAUCAACACCGCAGUCGAAAUUGCCAUGGCUCGACUUGAGGAUGAGUUCCGCAACAUACUCAUCUCCCACGCUACUCCAAUCGAAACCGACACACUCACUGACUCUAUCUCAUCAACUCACCUGACUCACAGAACCAGCACCUCCAUUGGUGAGUUCCCUGGAAACGGCGAUUAUAGCAGCAGAGGCGAAGAAGAUGCCAUAUCCAGAGAAGGUUCUUCUUCCUUAUCGGAUCGAGGAGAGAGCAGCAGGACAAUCUCGAGUUACAGAUCUAUGAGUAGCAUUCGCGAGCUAGAUCUAAUGCCUUCGGAUAGCAUAUGUGAUCUGCGCUCCAUCGCCGAGCGUAUGAUCGCCGCCGGCUACUUAAAGGAGUGCGUUCAGGUGUAUGGCGGUGUUCGGAAAUCUGCGUUGGAUGCUAGCUUCAAGAAGCUAGGUAUCGAGAAACUAACCAUCCGCGAAAUCCAACGGCUGGAAUGGGAAGCCUUGAAUGCGAAGAUCGGAAAAUGGAUUCGUGCCGCGAAAAUGUGCAUCAGAGUUUUGUUCGCAAGUGAGAAGAGACUCUGCGAGCAAAUCUUCGAAGGUUUAGGGUCGGCGGCAGAUGAUGCUUGUUUCAUGGAAACCGUUAAAGCUCCGGCGAAUCAGCUCUUUAACUUCGCCGAAGGCAUUAGUAUUAGCCGAAGAGCUCCGGAGAAGCUAUUCAAGAUUUUGGAUUUACACGACACCUUGUUCGAUUUGUUGCCGGAUAUCGAUGCUGUUUUCGACGGAAAAUCAGCCGAAUCAUUCCGGCAACAAGCGGCGGAGAUACUCUCCAGGCUCGCCGAGGCUGCUAGAGGGAUGCUAAAUGAGUUUGAAAAUGCAGUCCUUCGAGAACCUUCUAGAGUUCCUGUCCCUGGAGGGACGAUCCAUCCAUUAACUAGGUAUGUAAUGAAUUACAUAAGCUUGAUUUCAGAUUACAAACAAACCCUAGGAGAAUUAAUCGUGUCUAGACCUGCAACUGGAUCUAGAUACUCCGAUGAUCCAAGUACACCAGAUAUGGAUUUUACCGAUCAUGAAGAACAAUCACCAUUAGCCCUCCAUUUGAUUUGGAUAAUAGUGAUUUUGCAAUUCAAUUUAGAAGGAAAAUCCAAGCAUUAUAAAGACAAUUCCUUGGCUCAUUUGUUCAUCAUGAACAAUAUUCAUUACAUUGUUCAAAAGAUCAAAGGGUCACCGGAAUUAAGGGAGAUGAUCGGAGAUAACUAUCUAAGGAAACUUACUGGGAAAUUGAGACAAUCUGCAACGAGCUACCAACGAUCAACUUGGGUCGGAGUUUUGUAUUGUUUGAGAGAUGAAGGAUUACAUGUGAGUGGAAGCUUUUCUUCUGGGGUUUCAAAGAGUGCUUUGAGAGAAAGAUUCAAAUCGUUCAAUGCCAUGUUUGAGGAAGUUCACCGAACUCAGGCGUUAUGGCUAAUACCCGAUACACAGCUUCGUGAAGAGCUUCGGAUUUCCAUAUCGGAGAAACUAAUCCCGGCUUACCGAUCGUUUCUUGGGAGAUUCAGAAGUCAUAUAGAAAGUGGGAGACACCCUGAAAACUAUAUAAAGUAUUCUGUGGAAGAUCUUGAGACAGCAGCGUUGGACUUGUUUGAAGGAUUUGCGGUUUCGCAGCACUCGAGGAGAAGAUCACAGUGAUACAAAUUCCGAAAGUAAGUGGUUAGAGUAUUUUAGAACACCAUUCUUUGAUUAUUUUUGUGGGGUGAUUUGGUGAUUGUGAUGAUAGAAGAUGGAUGAAGGGAAAGAAAGAGGCUCCUGAUCGGUACUACUCCCCUGAAACUGUAAGGAUGUUGUUUAAGAUUAAUUGUUUCACUUGUUUGUAUGGGAACUCUUGUACAUGUUUCUAAAUUACACGAAAAUUGCUAUUUUUUGGACGCGGAAUAUAAAUUGGAUGACCUUCAAUAACUUUUCUAAAUCACUAUGGUAGGUCUUGAAGGAAUGUGGGUUUUGUGUUUGAUGUAGAGUUCUAGAGUUUGGUAACAUCAGAAAAGGAGGAGAAACACCACACCCACAAUGUAAUGUUGUAGGAA